AUGCAAGCAGUACUUUUACUUAUAAUAUAUAUUUCCAAUGCAAUUAAUUCCUUAUAUCUAUCAAAUGCUUCCAUUAUUCCUAAUUUUAUGAAUGAAGCUGUACCACAAAAUUGUACAAAAUAUGGUGAUCAACCAGCUGAACGUGUUGUUGCAUUGGAUACAGCUUUGAUGCUUCUGAACUUAUGUGGAAAUAUAUCAGGUUAUGUUAAUACACUUAAGUUUACUGAUUCUAAUGGUGAUCCACGUGUAGCAUGUUUUUUAAUUACACAAUUAAAAAGGCCAUUACCUUUACUUGUUUGGUUACAUCCAGCUAUGUUUCCAACAUCGACAAUAUCUCUAACAGGUCUUCUCGAACAAACAAAUAAAGCGAACUUGACAGGUACAUCUGAUGGACCACUAGGCUAUCAUAUACUUAUGCCAUAUGGUCGUAGUACAACACAUAUUUAUCCAGCACCAGCUGAUCAAGGCAUCGGAUGGGACAAUUGGUAUCGAAAUUAUAAUCGAUCUGAUCCAGCAUUAAAUGUCGAUGUUCAAGCAAUUGAUUAUUUCAUAAAUAAAGUUCUAACUACUCAGUCUGAUGAUUAUCAAAUUGACAAAUCUCGUGUAUUCUUGUCUGGUUGGAGUAAUGGUGCAGCAAUGGCUGUUGAAUAUGCACUAAACACACCCGGUAUUGCUGCAGCAGCUGUUUAUUCUCCACCAGACCCUUAUCGAGAUUAUAAUGAUUUAUGUGCUCAAGACCCGUAUCCAACUAAUCUUACACCCAUACUUCUCUUAUAUAAUCAAUGUGAUGUCAUAAAUAUUUGUGUAACUGGUGUAAAUUUUAUCGAAGAUUUAAACAGUCGUUACUGUAAUUUAACUGCUGAAGUUGUUAUUAUUGAUUCUGAUCUUCAAAGAACUUCAGAAUGUGAUGAAAGUUGCACUGCUGAAAUUGGUUUAGGUUUUUUUCAACAUAUUAGAUGGCCAAUUCCUCGCAAUGAUGAUGUUUUCUUUGACUUUUUUAGAAAAUAUUCAUUACCUGAACAUUCAUUUUUAGAUCAAAAUAAAUAA